AUGAUCCAGCCUGCAUUCAUCCUCGCUCCGCCCUCCACUUCCUCACCCAACCCACCCUCAACAACGCCCUCCUCGUCGUCCGCCACAUUCCCUUCAAUAUCUCCAGCGGCACUCAGCCCCCUCCUCGACGACCCCGACACUCUAGUCCUCGACAUUCGACCCCAUGCUGCCUACUCGUCAGCCAGAGUGUCGUCGGCCGUCUCCCUCUCAGUCCCCUCGACCCUUCUCAAACGACCACUUUUCUCUCUCCAGCGCCUGGCAGCAAUGCUGCCGUCCAAGCAUGCUCGGUCAAGGUUCUCUGCAUGGCGCUCAGCGAAACGGAUCGUCGUGUACGACGCCGAUGCCCACUCCAUCCCCGAAAACUCCAACAUCCUUGGCCUUCUCCGCAAGUUCAAGAAUGACGGCUUCGAGGGGGAAUUGUUUUGGCUCAAGGGCGGGUUUCAGUCAGUUUGGCGAGAAAAGAGGGAUAUGAUCGAUACCAGGCCACCGACGCCGGACAACGAGUUGGAGGAUGAAGAGGACGAUGGCACCGCUGCCUCCACACCUUCCAGCAACAACUCUUCCGUGCUCCGAACUCGACAUCUUCCCCUACAAGCAUUUUCCUUGUCAUCGACGGCCAUGCACAACGCACCCCUCAACCCAGCAACGUCCAAGCGUGCGCCAUCGCUGGUAGAUAAACCCGCCUCGCAAAUACAAUCGACAUCGGUCUCGUCGCACGCAGCCAAUCCGUUCUUUGACACCAUCCGUCAGAAUGUGGAGCUUUCCCACGGAAUCACUGAGCGAAUACCUCUUCGAUUACCUCGCCGUGUGCGCCGGAGAAUACAUGAACUCCCAGUUCCAUGGCUCAAACGAAUCGCCAUGCGUGCUGGCAAGUGCCCCUCCCACCACCACCCCGCAUGUUUCGAUUCAUCAUCAGAAGAUUCCCCCGAUGACGAUACCGGUCCAGAUCAGUCAGUCGUGGACCACGGCGCAGAGACCCUUGCCAUGCAGUUCUAUCGCAUCGAAUUGGCAGAGCAGCGUCGUUUGAUGGGUAUCAUGGAACAUCAUUCCAAGGAGAGUGGUUUCGGUGACCAGCAGGCAGGCCAGUCAAAGAACCUCUUUCCCUUCAGCAUAACUGCAGGCGUAGAGAAAGGUGCAAAGAAUAGGUACCGUCACAUAUGGCCAUUCGAGCAUGCCCGAGUGAAGCUGAGCCAUAAGGAUGACGACUAUGUCAACGCGUCAUUAUGUUGGGAACAAAACGUGCAUGUAAUUGUCAUGCUCACUCGAGAGGUAGAAGGUGCCAUGGUGAAAUGCGGUGCGUACUGGGCGGACGACGCAUUCGGACCGUUGCGAUUAAAGUUGGUGUCGACGACCGGUGUGGUCGACUCGUCAGAAGAGCCCGCUGGGUUCUUCUCGGCCUAUUCCUCGUUUGAUGCACGUUCUACCCGCCCUCGCUACCCUCACGGCAAUCCCUCGUCCAGCACUACACACAAACACCAUCACUAUCACAAGUCGGAAACGAUCAAGCGCGUAUUUGAACUUUCUCAUACCGGCUAUCCCGACGCCAAACCUCGCAAAAUCAUUCACCUACAAUACUUGGAAUGGCCGGACAUGAAUGUUCCCGACGAUCCUCGAGGUCUUCUCGGUUUGAUCAAGCAGGUCGAAGAAGCGGUCAUCGAAACCGGCAACAGAGACGAACCUACGCCGUCCGGAUAUCCCGAUUCACCCCCCAAUGUCUUGGACUUGGACGAAAAGACGGGCAUUGCCAAGCACGCAAUGGGGGCGAAUAGCCCCGUUCUCCUCCAUUGCAGCGCAGGUGUUGGUCGCACUGGAGGCUUCAUCGCUGUCGAUGCCAUCCUGGACUCUAUCAAACGAGAUGUUCACAAGAAGGCGCAGGCCAAUGAUGAAGCCAUGGUCGUUGAUUCCAAACCCCCCAUUGAAGUGAAAGCGGCUUCAACUGCCCCGCAAGCUCCGCCAGAAACGCAAACCGAACCAAUGCUUUUGGCAGGCGCUGUCGCCGAUCAUCCCUCUAACGACGUGGACAUGCACGUGGACGAUAAUAGCGAUGCACCUCCACCAACCUCAGAGGUUUCGGAGAUUGACGUCGUUUCCAUGGUUCUUUCCAGAGAGACUUCUGCUCCCUCUUUCCAGAGCACUAUACGCUGGGCCCAGACCGUCGAUGCGGAAAUGGAACAGGCUCGAAAGUCUCCCCGCCCACCCCAGCCAUCUCCAAUGAGGGUGGACAAGACCUCCAUCCGAGGAGGACGUGUCUCUUCCGCAAAACUCCCACCUUUUACCACUACCAUUCAGGGCAGUAGCUCCAGCUCUGAUGAUUCCUCCACAGGAGACCAAACCCCAAGCACGAACGGUAGUGGUAACGAGGUGAAUCCUUCUUCCCUGGAAACAUCUGUGUCUCCCGAAACGCCUCCAACUGACCGGAUCUCCCCUCCUUGCAAGCCAAUGGCUCGAGGAUCAUUACCGGAUGACCCACGAGAAAGAACGAAAUCGGUCCCUGCGCGACCAAGCUCCGCAACGAAAUCGAUGACGUCGUCUUUCAUGAAGAGGGCAGGAGCGCCUCCGAGUCUAUCCCUCAAUCUAUCUUCCCAUCCUAAUCCCUCUGCCCCGGUUCUUUCGACAUCCGGUUUGGAUGCGCGAAUGUCCUUCUCCAACAAGGGUUGCAGCGAUGACGACAAGUAUACAUUUUCCGUGGUGGAGUCUCCUAACACGAAGACCUUCGAUUACAAGGACCCUCGGCCGCUCCAUGGGACUUCCACACCGCCUUCCCUCGACAACUACGAGGACCCGAUACUUGAAGUCAUCCAGGACAUGCGGGAACAGAGGAUGAGCCUGUGCCAGAGCCUUCGGCAAUAUGUCUUCGUUCACAUGGCAAUAAUCGAAGGCGCUUUGAUGAUCUUGGACGACGAGAAGGAGCAGGCUGAGGCAGCGGCUGGCAGGCAAGCAGGGAUUGGCGAGAAGGGCGCGAGCUUCAUGGCCAGUUCCAAUGCGAAUUCUACGAGACAGAAGCGACGAGAUGGCAAAAAGACUAGACCAGUACCACCCAAGACAGCACCAGGUCGAUUGGCAUCGCAGCGGCGGUCGCACUCCCGCUCUUCAUCUGUGUCUUCUUCCCAUCUUCCGUCGAGGUCGCCUUCGCAGAGGAGAUGUGCAGGGGCUGAUUCCUCAUCCUCAAGACCGCCUUCGCCGUCGCCCGCGCGAGGGUCGGUCAACCUUCGGACCCCUCUCAAGGUACAGACGGCAUUGUCAACAGAUUCUGGUGGAGAGGGUGUUUCUGGCGCCUCGACAGGAGGGAAAAGGAGUGCGAGUCCGACCGAGUUAUUGAAGGAAGGCAUGCAAGGAGAGGUGCUAUUGUCGAAGCGCCCCAGCAUCAAGAGGAAACCCUCGGAUACUCAUCCGCCGGCUGCGGAGCAUCGCAACCCUGAGGAUAACACAUCUGUACCCAUGCCAGCACUCAUCUCUCACCAUCGAUGACGAGGCAUCGAAACUACUCUUGCCUCCUUGAAAGGCGGACGAUGUUCUGUCGUGAAUGUCGUUCUUGUUCUCUUUAAUACUAUUAUCGGGAUUGCAGGAACAUUCUAGGAUUUGUUGGACGAACGUUAUAAUAUUCAUUUUG